CAGAACAUGGGGUACAUUUGAUGCUGCUUCCCUGUCGUCUCACCUUCCUCCUCCUCACAUGCCGCCAGGCCACUGCAUCCAUGCAUGUGCUUCCACAUGCGCUCUUUACGUACGUAGCCGGAUUUUUUCCCUAAAAUUCUCUGCCAAUCUGCCGGAAAACCAACACUGUCGUCGUUGGAAAACUGCGCCACCGCCGGAAUAUGCCCCCACAACCGGAGUCUGCUACUUCCAUUACAAACUGAUCAUAUUCAGUCAAAAAACCGACUUAGUCAUAAGUUGUGAAAAGACACUAUUUCCCAUUAAGAUGCUCAUUAAGA